GAACUGACCAUGCUGUCAUCCACUCCUCGAAGCCGCUUUCGACCGUGUAUCGAUCUUCAUGACGGUCAAGUCAAGCAGAUUGUUGGAGGCACGCUCUCGGAGAGCGAUCCUACGACGCUCAAAACGAAUUUUGUUGCUACCGACUCUCCUGGAGAUUUCGCGAGGCUGUAUCGCGACCACGGCCUCGAAGGCGGACAUCUCAUAAAACUUGGGCCCAGAAACGACGAUGCAGCUCAGGAGGCGCUAAGGGCGUGGCCAGGUGGGCUGCAAGUCGGCGGAGGGAUAGACGACAAGAACGCUUUGAAGUGGAUUGACCUCGGAGCUAGCAAGGUCAUAGUGACUUCCUACCUCUUUCGGGACUUGUGCUUCUCCCUUGAACGAUUGCAGUUGUUAUGUUCUAUCGUCGGGAAAGAUAGACUAGUCGUCGAUGUCAGUUGUCGCCGACGGGGCGAUAAAUGGUUCGUAGCUAUGAAUAAAUGGCAAGAUGUUACGAGCAUGGAGGUUUGUAAAGAAACCCUAGACCUACUGGCAGAGUUUUGCAGUGAGUUCCUCAUCCAUGCCGCUGACGUUGAGGGCCUUUGCCAAGGUAUCGACGAAGCCCUCGUGACUAAGCUAGGCGAAUGGGUGAAUAUACCCACAACAUACGCCGGCGGAGCAAAAGAUAUUUCUGAUUUGGACCUCGUUCAACGACUGUCUGGCGGCAAAGUCGACCUGACAUACGGGAGUGCACUGGACAUCUUUGGAGGAAAGUUGGUGAAUUUCGAGGAACUUGUUCAAAGAAACAAAGCUGGGGGUACAUAAUACGAAAUGCAGAGGCAUGUAGCCUCGAUGCGGGUGUAUCUAUAGCUCAUUGUCAUUACUGUAUACCGUAGUCAGUUUCCAAGAUUUAUUGAAUGUGUGCUAUGGUU